AUGAGAACUUUCGCACUUGUAGUUGUACUUUUGGCAGUUCUUGCCUCCACCGCUCAAGCCAACAAAAAGACUUGCUUAGAGCAACACGAAUGUAGCUCCGACCAAUACUGUUUUGGUGGAUACUGUGUUUCAUGUAAAUCCAAUGCCGAUUGCGCAUUGAACGAAUAUUGCAAUAUUAAAAAUAUGAGAGAUUUGGAUCGUUUCGGUUCAUGCCAAAAGUUCCCAUACAACCACGCCAAGUGUAUUCCACUCGAAUCCGGUGAUUUGGCUGACCCACGUGUUGACAACUCCACCAAGUGUGCCGUCCAAUACUACGAUCCAUCCAAUCCAAACGUUAAUCAACGUAUGGUCACUGAAUACCAAGGUUACUGUAUCGAAGGUCGUUGCAGACUUUGCGACUACACCGGAAACAAUGGAAAGAACGACGCUGAGUCAGGUAACGAAGGUAAGGGUAAGCCAAGAACCUGUGUUUUCCCAGGUAAAUACGCCACCCCACACUCUGCUGAAUGGUCACCAGGUCGUUACUACGAGAACCCAGUCUACGUUUGGUUAGCCAUCUUCUUCUGUUUCAUUUUCAUCAUCACCGUCUUCAACAUGCUCGGUUACCUCUUCCACAAGUAA